UCUCUCGUGCCUGCACAUUGUUCACUGACAGUGCUCCGAAGAGUGUGUAGGGAACACCGGCAGCUUCGCUUCGCAUGGGAAACUUGUUGAAAAAUUAUGACGCGCAAUAUGCCGGAGUUCGCUUUAAGAAGAAAAUGAAAUUUAUUUGUAAACAUUAAUUCAGUUACACGUUGUUACACGUUUAAAAGAUCUACAAAGACUACUUAUGUCUCUUCGUGGAGGAACGAGCGAACAAGGAGGUGUUCGUUUUUUUAUUACCUGAGAACAGGUAGUACUGUACGGAAACUGGGUCGGUCUGAAAGAUCUAAAAUGAACGAAACACUGGACCUGAAUAUUACCCUUGAGGAUGAUGGAAACUCGACUUUUGUCAGUGGCUCCAAUGAAUUCUUCUUACCUCAGAAGAACAUUACAUACGUUGGAUAUUACCUGCAUCAGCCACCUGUAGCAGCAGUCUUCAUAGUGUCCUACCUGCUCAUAUUCCUGGUCUGCAUGGUUGGAAAUGGAGUGGUGUGUUUCAUUGUGUUACGGAGCAAAAACAUGCGCACUGUCACCAACCUUUUCAUCCUCAACCUCGCCAUCAGUGACCUUCUUGUUGGGAUUUUCUGCAUGCCCACAACUCUUCUUGACAACAUUAUUACAGGUUGGCCAUUUGGAAGCAUGGUCUGCAAAAUGAGCGGAAUGGUCCAGGGCAUUUCAGUGUCAGCCUCUGUUUUCACCUUGGUUGCCAUUGCGGUUGACAGAUUCCGAUGCAUCGUGUAUCCCUUCAAGCAAAAACUGACAAUAUCAACAGCCACGCUUAUCAUUUUGAUAAUCUGGGUUUUGGCAGUGUCGAUCAUGUGCCCGUCUGGUGUCAUGCUUCAGGUGACUAAAGAACAAAGUGUCCGUGUUUUCCUGGGAGAUGGCAACCGAACAAGCCCUUUCUACUGGUGCAGGGAAAACUGGCCUAACCAGGAGAUGAGGAAGAUCUACACCACCGUCCUGUUUGCCAACAUUUACCUGGCUCCUCUGUCCCUCAUAGUGAUCAUGUACGCAAGGAUCGGCAUCACUCUGUUCAAAACGGCCAUGCCAGCAGGCGCCAAACCAGGCCACGAUAACCGUCACUCCGUGUCAAAGAAAAAACAAAGAGUGAUCAAAAUGCUCCUCAUCGUGGCCUUGCUCUUCAUCUUGUCCUGGUUGCCUCUGUGGACGCUGAUGAUGCUAACAGACUAUGUUAAACUCACUGAACAUCAGUACAAGCUUAUUAACAUCUACAUUUACCCUUUUGCCCACUGGUUAGCCUUUUUCAACAGCAGCGUCAACCCGAUAAUCUACGGGUUCUUCAAUGAGAACUUCCGCCGUGGAUUUCAGGCCGUGUUUAAGUUCGGCCUGUGUCCUGUCAGAGGUCAGCAUCGGACCUAUUCUCACAGGGUGCAGGGCAAUUCUGUGCAACCGGUCAACCUGCAACCCUCCACAGAGCCCAUCUCUCUUAACAGCCUGGAGAACAACAGCUCGAGGAGGAUGAACCACGUCAACGAGCAAGACUUAGUGAUGGAAGAUCUAGAGAAAGUGUCUGAAUGCAGCGUGGAAGGAGCUUCUCUUUAAGGGGCUUAGUAGAGAAGAAUACUGUAGAAUGAAAGCAAGCUGAUGACAGACUUAUUGUUUAUUUACAGUCUUAAAAUGACAUUGUGAACAUUAUACAGUUAUGUAACGUUAUACAGCAGAUUUUAUUUAUUUUGAAUAGUUAUUUGCUGCUAACAUGAAUGUACUUACUGGUGUUGUCAGUAAGAUUGGGCACAUCUGGCAGUUUAUCAACUGUAGUCUUGUUAACUUUACAAUCAAAUUCAUAAA